GUACUGUUACUGGUCGAUAGGAAAGAAAAUAUGGAAUGCCCUGGCCCCGGUAUUGUACUAUUUUCAUUUUGACCAAUAUGCCCCGGGCCUCUCCUUUUGUGUAGCUGCGUGCCUCCCUCCAUCCCCAUCGCAUCACACAGAAUCAAAGGAAAGGAGACGUACGAUACGAUACGAUAUGGAUAGGGUAUUCUCAGUGGACGAUAUCUCCGAUCAUUUCUGGCCGCCGCCUCCGAUCCCCGUCUCCGGCGCCAACACCUCCUCUCAGAUGAGCCGCAGCGCCUCCGAGUGGGCCUUUCAGCGCUUCAUCCAGGAAGCUUCCGCCUCCGCACCCUCUCCUCCGUCUUCUUCCUCCCCCGCCGACGUCGUAUUCGUGGAGAUCGAUGAUCAGCCCAAACCCACCCCUCCGCCUCCGUCACACGGCGGCGUUCUGCCCAGUGACCCUGGUCCCGUGGCCCUUGACUCCGAGGAAUACCAGGCCUUUCUCAAGAGCAAGCUCAACCUCGCAUGCGCCGCCGUCGCCAUGACUAGGGGAUCUUUGGCUAAAUCUCAAGACCCGUCCCCUUUUUCUGAUGGUGGAUCACAGCCGACUAAUCCUUCUCUAGUUGGAUCUCAGACUACUUCUAAAGGAUCUAUUCCUUCUGGAAAUGAUCAAUCUAAGUUACAAGAUAAAGAUACCAAUGCACCAGUUGGGAUUCCUUCCAUACCUGCCAUACAAAAGAAACCUGCUGUUGCAAUUAGGCCAUCUACAAGUGGAUCAUCAAGAGAACAGUCAGAUGAUGAGGACAUUGAGGGAGAGACAUCUAUGAAUGACAACACAGACCCUGCUGAUGUAAAACGAGUAAGGAGGAUGCUAUCCAAUAGGGAGUCAGCCCGUCGCUCUAGAAGAAGAAAGCAGGCUCAUUUAACUGACCUAGAAACACAGGUUUCUCAAUUAAGAGGUGAAAAUUCUACCUUGUUAAAGCGCCUUACUGAUGUUAGUCAGAAAUACAGCGACUCUGCUGUUGACAACAGAGUUUUAAAAGCUGAUGUUGAAACAUUAAGAGCAAAGGUGAAGAUGGCUGAAGAGACCGUCAAAAGAAUUACUGGGUUGAACCCAAUGCCUCAUGCCAUGUCUGAUAUAUCAUCAUUGGGCCUGCCAUCAUUUGAUGGAAGAAGCCCUUCAGACACUUCAGCUGAUGCAUCUGUUCCUGUGCAAGAUGAUCCACAUCAUCACUUCUAUCAACCCACAUUGAAUAAUCCUAUUCCCAGUCAUGAUCAGAUAGUCAACAAUGGUUUGGGGGGCAUUUCUUCAAUUGAAAAUGUGCAGCAGCAGAACGCUGCAGCAGUGGUAGGUGGGAACAAGAUAGGUCAAACAGCAUCCCUGCAGCGGGUGGCUAGCUUGGAACAUCUUCAGAAGCGGAUUCGUGGUGGACCUCCAUCUGAGCAGUAACUAAGUAGCCAGAUCUUAAGGUUGCUUUGCCAAAAAAUUAUUCUAAAACAGUUAUUUCUGUUGCCUAUUCUUCUGGAAUACAUUGUAAAUCAUUUGAUGGAGCACAUGAUGCUGGAUUCAAUUAGUGCACCCCGUUUUUUUUUUUUUUUUUUUUUUUAUAAAAAUAAUAUAAAAUGAACUUUACCUUC